AUGAACAGCGAAGGCAGCGUUGACUCAACAAAAGUCUUCACCGCAGAAGACUUAGAAAAAGCCACCAACAACUACGCUGAAGACAGGAUCUUGGGUCGUGGUGGCUACGGAAUUCUAUACAAAGGCAUUUUUAGCAACAACCGGGUCGUUGCUAUCAAGAAGUCUCGUGUAAUGGAUGAAACCCAAAUCGAACAGUUCAUCAAUGAAGUCGUUAUCUUAACACAAGUUAACCAUCGAAACGUGGUCAAGCUCUUGGGUUGUUGUUUAGAGAGCGAGGUCCCAUUGCUAGUUUAUGAAUAUGUUUCAAAUGGAACUCUCUUCAAUCAUAUUCAUGACAAUGGUACAAAUUGGUUAUCACUGGAGAAUCGUUUAAGAGUAGCUGCAGAAUCCGCAGACGUGAAGUCCGCAAAUAUAUUAUUAGACGAUAAUUACACCACAAAAAUAGCCGAUUUUGGAGCAUCAAGAUUAGUCCCUAUAGAUCAAACACAAGUAACCACGCUAGUUCAAGGGACUUUAGGUUUAGGGUAUUUAGACCCCGAAUACUUCCACACAAGUCAGUUAACCGAAAAGAGCGAUGUUUAUAGCUUUGGAGUUGUAUUGGCUGAGAUUUUAACAGGGAGAAAACCGUUGUGUAUGGAAAGAACCGAGGAAGAAAGGAAUUUGGCGAGGUAUUUUGUAAUGGCACUUGAAGAAAACCGUUUGUUUAAAAUUCUUGACCCUAGAGUUGUAAGGGAAGGAAGCCUAGACCAACUUCAGGAGAUUGGUGAGCUUGUGAAAAGAUGUGUUAAUCUUACUAGCGAUGAGCGGCCUACGAUGAAAGAAGUGGCGAUUCAACUCGAGGGUUUGCGGAAGUUUACUCGACAUCCAUGGGUGAACGCGAAUCGACAUGGCGCUGAAAAUGUAAAUUUUUUAAAUAAUGAGAACGAGCAAGACGAUAUUUAUGUCUUGAAGCUCGGUAAUUUUGACGACAGAAUCAUCACCAACCUUUUGGCAAAUAACAACACGCUCAUGGGACUUGAUGAGAUCAAUGGCUUUUCCAUGAUCCAAUGA